AUGGAUCACCGACCGCAAUUUUGGGGCCGUCCCAGAGACGACGUUUACGGCAGCUACGAUGCUUCCUAUAUGCGCCCCAAUGGUCCCAGCACACACACCCAGUCUCCAAUCGUGACCGGAACCUCUGUGGUAGCUCUCAAGUUCAAGGACGGCGUCGUCAUUGCGGCCGACAACCUAGCCUCGUACGGAUCGCUCGCCCGCUUCAACGACGUCAAGCGUCUGCGCACCUUUGCCGACUCGACCGUUGUCGGCUUUGGCGGCGACGUGUCGGACAUGCAGUACCUCGACCGCCACCUCACAGAGCUCGCUAUUGACGAGAACUACCACUCAGACGCCUCGCAUACGCUCAACGCCCGCAACUUGCACAAGUACCUGGCCAAGCUGCUCUACCACCGCCGCUCCAAGUUUGACCCGCUCUGGAACCACCUGCUGGUCGCCGGCCUUGAUGAGGAGGGCAAGCCCUUCCUCGCCGCCACCGAUCUGCUCGGCACCACGUUCACCAGCCCCAGCUUGGCCACUGGCUACGGCGAGAUGCUGGCCCAACCCGUCAUGCGCAAGUAUGCUCCCGACGAGGAGAGCGCCGCCAAGCUUACCCGGGAAGAGGCCGUCAAGGUUGUCCAGGAGUGUAUGAAGGUGUUGUUUUACAGAGAUGCUCGAUCCUUGGACACGUACUCAAUUGCCGUCGUGACCAAGGAUGGAGUGGAUCUGAAGGAGGACGCCAAGCUGGAGAACCAGAGCUGGGCGUUUGCUGACAGAAUCAAGGGAUAUGGCACGCAGACAGUCUAA